AAGGGACGACGAUGAUUCUGAUAACCUCACCGACGGUGACAUAUCUCCGUCACCGCCUCUUCAAUUCUCAAACCAAAUCACCGCAAUUUUACCGCCAUUUUCGUCGGAGUAGAGAAAUCUCGGCCGUCGAUCGCUGCUGCAAUCCAUGGCAGACAACAAUGGAUCGUUUCAAAUUACGAACACGAGACAGUUCCUUCUUAUGCUCUGCUCGUCGGAAACCGGAGACGGCGACUGUUGAGGUUGAAGAUGAUUCUGUACGGAGAAUCGCUCGGUAUCUUUUAUGGAGUGGUGAAGCUGUGUAUAUACUAUGGCUCUUUCUUCUCCCUUACGCUCCUUUUCUUGCUUAUGGACUUUGUGACAGAACAGCUGGUAUUCAGUUCUUACAAGCUCCUGUUCUUCACCCGAUGGCUGAAGGAUUAUUCAACUUUGUGAUAGCUUGGACACUCAUGUUUGCUCCGUUGCUAUACACUGACCGAAAGAGAGAUCGAUACAAAAGCUCUCUUGACGUCUUAUGGGGUCUCAUGAUGUUCCUUACAAACACGUUUCUAAUCCCAUACAUGGCUUUAAGGCUCAAUGACGCUGAUCCAGAUGAUAAACGGAGCCAAAGAUCUCAACUUGGCCAAGUGAUGACCAAAGGUGCACCAAUAGUUGGUCUGACCGGGGCUACGGUGUGUCUGGUAUCAGCAUUGUGGUCUCUCUACGGUCGAGCAGAUGGAGAUUUUGGUGGACUAACGGACAGAUGGCAGUAUUUCAUUGGUUAUUUGGGAUCGGAGAGACUGGCUUACGCGUUUAUAUGGGAUAUAUGUAUGUACACAGUUUUUCAGCCAUGGUUGAUUGGAGAAAACUUGCAAAAUGUGAAGAAGACCAAGAUUGAAUUGGUGAGGUAUUUUAGGUUUGUUCCUGUUUUUGGUUUACUUGCAUAUAUUUUGUUUCUCAAUCUCGAAGAUGAAUCAAUUUAAUUAGUUAAUUGUAUACACACAUAUUGUCGUUGCACUUUUAUAAAAUGUAAUUAUAUAAAAUUUGUUGUCAACU